AUGACCAUCAGGCUACAACUACCGACGUCAAUGUUAACUAUAUUAGCCAUGAUCACGAAAAGCCACGAAGCCCUCGGCCAUGGCGAAUCCGCUAUCCCAACAGACAAGAAGGAAGAGGAAAUCGAGAACCUCCAGGACGAUUGGGAAGAUGACCCAAUAAAUGCUAGAAAUUGGCUAUCGUCGAAGAAGUGGACUAGUGUCGCCAUCGUAUCGCUAUACACUUUCGUUUCUCCACUUUCGAGUUCAAUGUUAGCGCCUGGUCUCCCCGAUAUUGCUGCCAAAUAUGGUGUAACUUCGACCACAGAAACGUCCCUUAUGCUUAGUGUUUUCUUGAUCUCGUUUGCUAUUGGGCCGUUAAUUCUCGCACCAUUAUCUGAAAUGUAUGGUAGGACUUGGGUCCUCCACUUUGGGACAUUAUUCUCCCUCGCCUUCAAUCUUGGUUGCGCAUUUGCACCUAAUGCAGGAGCUUUCAUCGGUUUUCGUCUCCUGAACGGUUUCUCAGGAAGCGCGCCUAUAGCUUGCGGUGGAGGUUCCAUUGGGGAUCUAUUUUCUGAGCGAGACCGAGCCUCUGCAAUGGCAAUAUACAGUCUUGGCCCUCUUAUUGGUCCUGCUGUUGGUCCUGUCGCAGGAGGCUUCAUAGCCCAAACCAUCGGAACGAAAUACGUUUUCAUUGUCAUCGCCGCCGCGUGUGGUGUCUCGUUACUCCUUGGAGUACCCUUACUGCAGGAGACGUAUGCGCCUGUCAUAAGGCUGCGCAGAGCACGAGCAGAGGGUGAUUUGGAAAAGGCAAAACAUUUCCAUGGUCCAAUUUCGGAUAUGGGCAAGUGGGAGUACUUGUGGCUCAAUUUGUCUAGACCUGUGAUUUUACUCACUCGGAGCUUCAUCUGUUUCAUGUUGAGCUUGUAUAUGGCUUUCAUGUAUGGGAUAUACUAUCUCAUGUUCACCACCUUCCCUGAAUUAUUCAAUGUGAUUUACGGAUUUGACACGGGCAUCGGGGGAUUGGUUUACCUUGGUCUGGGUAUUGGAUUCCUAGUGGCUACCAUGUUCGGAGCAAAGACUGCUGAUCAGAUAUAUCAUUAUCUGGCAACAAAGAACGGCGGAAAGGGUAAGCCCGAAAUGCGUAUCCCAGCACUCGCCUUUGGGUCGCUGUGGGUUCCCGUUGGACUAUUCUGGUACGGAUGGUCCGCGCAAGCUCAAAUACAUUGGAUAAUGCCCAUCAUUGGCUCGGGUAUCUUUGGUUUCGGUAACUUGCCCAUUCAACUUUAUCUGGUCGAUGCGUUCCAAUUCGCUGCCAGCGCUCUUGCUGCCGCAGCUGUUCUGCGUUCUAUCCUUGGAUUCGCAUUCCCGUUAUUUGGCGCACAAAUGUAUGCUGCCUUGGGCUACGGAGGUGGGAACUCGCUUCUUGGGGGUCUGGCCAUCGUCCUCGGCAUCCCAUUUCCGAUAUGGAUCUACUACAAGGGCGAGCAAAUGCGUGCUCGAAAUUCGUUAACUCGGACGGAAUGA